AUGACAGCAUCGACACAGUUUAAUUAUGGAAGAAGAAAUUCAAAUGUAACUCCUUACACUAUACCAACAACAACUUCUAAACCUCAUCAUAAUCAUACUCAUACUCACAAUCAACAUCAUCAUCAUCAUGAGCAACAGUCACCUAUAAUGUCAAAUUAUCAAUUACAUCAUCAUCAUCAUAGUUAUAAUUCAAAUAACUCGCGACACAACAAUAAUCACAAUAAUACAAAUCAUCACCAACAUCAACACCAACAUCAACAUCAAAAUCAAAAUCAGCAUCAAAAUCAUAUACAUUCUCAUUCACAUAGCCAGAGUUCUGCGCCAAGCUCAGGACAAUUUAUUUCAUCCCCACCAUUAUCAGCAUCAGUACCCACAUUAUCAAGAGAAUUUGUUGUUCGGAGAAUAAGUGAAGGAGAAACAGGUAGAUUAAAAGAAGAAUUAAGAUGUGAAGCAUGUGGUAAAGGUUAUAAACAUAUAUCUUCAUUAGCUAAACAUUUAUGGGAACAUACACCUGAAUGGAAUGUAACUAAAAAAUUAUUAAUUUCAAAACAUCAACAAGUUCAAUUAUUAGAAGCUGCUAGUAUUUUAGUUGGAAUGAAUGAAAAUAAUAAUGGUAAUAAUGGAAAUGGAAUGAUACAAAGUCAACAUCAACAAGCUGUUCAAAGACAUAUAAAUCAACAACAUUCAAAAAUAAAAUCUUCACUGUCUGAUAUUAACUCAAAUGGAGGAUCACCUUAUUCACCGCCAAAUUCAAACAAUUCAACUCCUUCUAUAAUAAAUACCGAUGAUCAUAUACUGAUGAAUCAUGAAGAAAACCUGUCGAUACUGUUUAAAAAUGGAUACCAUAGUAAUAAUAGUAACAAUAAUGGAGGAAAAUAUGAGGAUGAUGAAGAAGAAGAAGAUGAUGAUGAUGAUGAUACAGAAGAUUAUGAUGGACAAAAUAGAUUAAAUCGUGGACGUUUACGUUCUAUUUCUCAUGAACCUCCAAUAUAUGAAAAACAUGAAGUUACAUCACCUAUAUUAGAAUCUGAACAAAAUAAUGGGAAUAAAUAUGAAAAUUCAUCAAAUUUAAAAUCGCCAAAUUCAACAAAUUAUCUAAAUAAUGUGAAAUCUGAAUUACCAGUGAAGACAAAUUUUUCAGUGAUGAAUGAAAAUAAAAAAGAAACAUAUGUUGAAGAAAGUGUAAUUGGUACUAUGGAAGCUUAA